AUAGAAAUAGAAGAAGAAUGUUUAUCCAAGUAAUGGUUUUACAUACAUACGUAUGUGUAAUUCACGUUCACUUUUAAUAUUACAAUUAUAGUUGAAAGAACUUUUAUUCGAUUUUUAAUUUGAUAUAAUCUAGAUAAAAUGGAUAUGGAGCAAUUAGUUAUUAAGGACGAAAUCGAAAUUCAUGAUGAUUUUAAUUGGAAUACGAAUAUUAAACAAGAAUUGAGUGAUUACAACUUAAGUUCAGCUCUACAAAAUAUUGAUACGAUUAGUAUGCAUCCUGUUAAACAAGAAAUAAGUGACGAACUAAACACAGAUCAAUUAGUUGAAGAAUCUAUGGUCGCCGCAAAAAUAGAGGAAAACUAUAUUAAUAUGGUUGAUAAACCCAAUUUCCCAAAAAAAUUGGAGUAUUUUAGAAUACAAACUGGAAAACGAAUUGAAUCACAAGUGUUGUUAAAAAAUGGAAAACGUCUAAAUCUAAAUACCAUUGGUGGGAUUAUAAUCUGUGAGUUGUGUGGAAAUUUGUACACAAAACAAAUUGAAUUCGUUUGGCACUUUUAUACAAGACAUUGUAUGAAAUUGAAAUUUUAUCAGAAAAAUAACUGUUGUCAGAAAAGGCCAACAAUAGAAUCUGCCCUUUACAGAAAUUUUGACAAGAAUGUGAAAAAUGAAAUUGAAAUAAAUGAAGAUGGUGGGAAAAAAGAAGAAGGUAUUGGAUUUGUUGAUAAUUUCAAGUUAACAUUAGAAGAAAUCCAGAAAUUGGAAAGAAGUUAUAUAAAUAGAUAUUUGUCUGCUCGCGAUGGAAAAAAGGCUUUCAAAUGUGGCAUUUGUUCAAAAACUUUUUCACAGAAAAGUAAUUUGAGUACACAUUUGCAGAAUCAUACAGGAGAAAAACAAUUCAAAUGUGACAUUUGUUUAAAAGCUUUUUCACACAAAUAUAAGAUGAAAAUUCAUUCGCGCAUACAUACAGGGGAAAAGAAAUUCAAAUGUGAGAUUUGUUCAAAAACUUUUUCAUAUAAAAUUAGUUUAAAUUCACAUAUGCAUAAUCACACAGGUGAAACACCAUUCAAAUGUGACAUUUGUUCGAAAAACUUUUCGCAGAAAUGCAGUAUGAUAAAACAUUUGCUGCUUCAUACAGGAGAAAAGCCAUACAAAUGUGACAUUUGUUCGAAAAGCUUUUCACAGAAAUGGAGUAUGAAAAGACAUUUGCUGCUUCAUACAGGAGAAAAUCCAUUCAAGUGCGAAAUUUGUUUAAAAGUUUUUUCACACCAGUAUAAGGUAAAAAUACAUUCGCGCAUACAUACAGGAGAAAAGAAAUUUAAAUGUGAGAUUUGUUUAAAAACUUUUUUGCAAAAAAGUAAUUUGAAAUCACAUUUGCUUAGGCACACUGGCGAAAAGCCAUUCAAGUGCGAAAUUUGUUUAAAAACAUUUUCACUGAAAGGUAAUUUGAAUACACAUUUGCUAAAUCACUCAGAAGUAAAACCAUUCAAGUGUGAAAUUUGUUUAAAAACUUUUUCACGGAAAAUUGAUUUGAAGACACAUCUGCGUAGUCAUACAGGAGAAAAACCAUUCAAGUGCGAAAUUUGCUCAAAAGCUUUUUCACAGAACAGUCAUAUGAUUGAUCAUUUACGUAGUCAUACAGGAGAAAAACCAUUCAAAUGUGACAUUUGUUUAAAAGCUUUUUCACACAAAUUUAAGAUGAAAAUUCAUUCGCGCAUACAUACAGGGGAAAAGAAAUUUAAAUGUGAGAUUUGUUCAAAAACUUUUUCAUAUAAAAUUAGUUUAAAUUCACAUAUGCAUAAUCACACAGGUGAAACACCAUUCAAAUGUGACAUUUGUUCAAAAAACUUUUCACAGAAAUGCAGUUUGGAAAAACAUUUGCUGCUUCAUACAGGAGAAAAGCCAUACAAAUGUGACAUUUGUUCGAAAAGCUUUUCACAGAAAUGCAGUAUGAAAAGACAUUUGCUGCUUCAUACAGGAGAAAAGCCGUUUAAAUGUAGCAUUUGUAUGAAAACUUUCUCACUAAAAUUUCGUUUCAAUAUACAUUUGCGCAGCCACUUAGGAGAAAAGCCUUUCAAAUGUGACAUUUGUUCAAAAACCUUUUCACAGAAAACUAAUUUGAGUACACAUUUGCGUACUCAUACAGGAGAAAAGCCAUUCAAAUGUGAAAUAUGUUUGAAAAGUUUUUCACAGAAAACUAAUUUGAAAACACAUUUACGUAUUCACACAGGUGAAAAAGCAUUAAAUGUUGAAUUUAUUUAAAUACACCCCUUUGCAUUCAAACCAAAGUAAAAAAUUAGCACCUGGAGCAGAAACACUGCGACAAACUCAAUGAUGAAUGUAAUUUAAUAAGUUACCAACAACAGAAACACUUAUACUUGAAAAAGGAUAGAAUUGACUAUAAUGUGAAAAUGCGUCUAUUACUGUUAAAUGAGGAUUAUUCGAUAUUUUAAGAACAUUGAUGUUCAUGAUCAAAUGGUUCAUUGACUGCUUAGUGGAGCAUCUGGAGUGUCAAUAUCAUACAAACCUCGAACUUCUGUUGCAGUUAAUGAAAUGUUCAGCUAAUAAAUAAAAAAGUUUCCCUAUUGAAAA